GGUGGUGGAGGGGAAGAGUGGGGCAUUGGGAGUGGGGCAUUGGGAGUGGGGCAUUGGGAGUGGGGCAUUGGGAGUGGGGCAUUGGGAGUGGGGCAUUGGGAGUGGGGCAUUGGGAGUGGGGCAUUGGGAGUGGGGCAUUGGGAGUGGGGCAUUGGGAGUGGGGCAUUGGGAGUGGGGCAUUGGGAGUGGGGCAUUGGGAGUGGGGCAUUGGCAGUGGGGCAUUGGGAGUGGGGCAUUGGCAGUGGGGCAUUGGGAGUGGGGCAUUGGCAGUGGGGCAUUGGGAGUGGGAGUGGGUGCGCGGCGUGUGCGCGCGCUGGUGCAGCUGCAGGAGGCGUGGGGGGGCGCGUGGGCGGGCAACAGCAACGCCACCACGGCGUGCUCUGCGUGGGCUGGCGUCACCUGCAGCCCCAACGGGGCCGUCCUUGCCCUGUGA